CUUUCCCAUGCGAUCAUGGAAGGAGGUGAUGAUCAUCAACUCCACCACCACCACCACCACUAUCAACAACACCAACAACAUCAACAACAACAUCACCACCGUCCGAACUUCCCCUUCCAGUUGCUAGAGAAAAAAGAAUUAGAUCACCAAGAAGCCGCCUCCUGCUCCAACUCCACCUCCCCCUACCCUUCUCUAGCCAUCACCACCGUCGACCCCACCACCACCAACAACACGGCCUCUACUGCCACAGCCACAACCACCUCAGCUCUCCAAGCUUCUUCCCCCGAGCCCUCCAAAAAGCCACCCCCCAAGCGGACCUCCACCAAGGACCGCCACACGAAAGUCGACGGCCGAGGCCGCCGCAUUCGAAUGCCGGCUCUAUGCGCCGCCAGAGUCUUCCAGCUCACGCGCGAGCUAGGUCACAAGUCCGACGGAGAAACCAUUGAGUGGCUUCUCCAGCAGGCCGAGCCCGCGGUGAUCGCCGCCACCGGUACCGGCACAAUCCCCGCCAACUUCACGUCACUUAACAUCUCACUCCGCAGCUCCGGCUCCAGCAUGUCGGUCCCCUCGCAGCUAAGAUCCUCUUAUUACAGCCCGAAUUUCUCUCUCCAACAGAACCAGCGGCGGAGCCUCUUUCAGGGCAUCGGCCUCUCAUCUUCUGACAGCUCUUCGACUCUCCUAAACUUCCAAACAAACACCAUGCACGCUUCCAUGUUGCAAGCCAAGCAGGAGCUCCGGGAUACUGUGUCUUUAGAUCUAUCGGAGGCGGCGUCGGCAGGGGAGGGGAGCUUGGGAGGGAGGAAGCGUCGGCCGCCGGAGCAGGACUUGAAUCAUAUGGGAGGUGGCGGCGUGGUGGUGGUGGGAGGGUACUUAUUGCAGUCGAGCACUGGUGUGGUCCCGGCCAGCCACCCACACAGUCAGAUUCCGGCUAAUUUUUGGAUGCUGGCUAACUCUAACAACCAAGUUAUGAGCGGAGACCCUAUUUGGACUUUUCCAGCUUCGGUCAACAACAGUGGACUGUAUAGAGGAACGAUGCCCGGUGGCUUACAUUUUAUGAAUUUCCCCGCCCCAGUCACCGUGUUGCCUAAUCAGCAACAAUUGAGUGGCUCGGGCGGUGGUGGUGGUGGUAAUGAUGGCGAUAACAUGAGCGACGGGCAGUUGAAUAUGCUCGCUGGACUCAAUCCGUACCGGCACAUGUCCGGUACAGGUGUUUCAGACUCGCAGCAGGCAAGUGGCUCACACUCACACCACGGCGGGGGUGACGAUCGGCACGAUAGUACUAGUCACCACUCAUAAAGCGGGCGAAUGGCGGUCGGAUUUUAUCUUCAUGGUCAUCGUUGGUGGUCGUCAUUUCUUCCCACAUGUGUAGUAGUUUGCUGUGUAACAACACACGUGAGGUUUGAUUGAUUGCUCUUAAAAUUCUGAGGUUUAUUUUUAUCUAUUUAUUCCCAAUUUUUUUGUGUGAUUAAUAUGAUAUGGCCGGGAGAAGAGAGGUUUUGUUAGGGUUUGAAGAAAAAAAAAAACAGACACUUAUUUUUAACAUGGGUUAAUUAUUUUGGCUGCUCUCUUAUUUCUCUAAUUUUGGCGAUUAAUCACAGUAUACUAUCAUCA